AUGGGACGACAAGCUCACCACAUCUCUGACAGCCAGAAGGUCCUCACACGAAGGCAUGACAGGACAUGCCAACCAGCGCCUCCUGUGGAUGUCCAGGAAACGCUGACGCAAACCGUCAACAAUCUAUGCGUCGGUCUGGCAGAUAUUCUGGCGUGGGGAUCCAAGUUGGCACGCGGCAAGCUGCACACAGCGAAAUGGCGAAGCGCGCAUGUUCAGGACCAGCUAAAAGCAGAGAUAGCUGCGAUCGUCAAGGCCGAGGCUGCGGACAAGAAUCGGCAGCCGUUCCCGACUGAGGUAGACUCGCGAUUGAAGUCUGACGCUACCAAAGCUCUCUUCAAGCGCUUGCCACGCUUUGUACAAAUGAGCAUGAUUCGCAAUCGUGACUCUUCUGGACUGCCGGUCCUGCCCAAAGACUUGGAAGCAGAACGUAUUCUGGGCCGCUUUGUUCAGCAGGAACUUCGCAACCAACCACCUGUCAAAAAGGUGAAGGCAACCUUUGCGCCACGCUUCCAUGCCAUGGACCUGAUGACCAGCUCGCCACUGCCAUCUGCUUUCGACUGCGCCUUUGGGUAUGCUCUAGGACACACCGCAGCCUUGCUUGUCAACGAGCGCCGGAAUUUCUACGUCGCCUGCUGCGCAGGUAUGCACCGCAAUACGCGCUACUGGGAGCCUUGCGCUAUUCCUUUCACGUAUUUGUACCCAGAGACGCCUCAUGUGCCUGCCAUGGCAACUCCUGGAAUCGCCCUUCUGAAGAAUGCUGAUGGCUACGAUGAUGUGGCAGCUUUCACGAAAUCUGGCAGCCCGGGUGAAGCCAUCAGCGGCUGCGGCCUGGGACGUUCCGAGCGGAAGUUUGGUCGAGGUCGUGGAGGCGUAGAGUUGGCAGAGGUCGUUGCUGCGGGCUGUAACGUGGUCUGCUUCGUCCCGAACGGGCCGAAAGUUGUAAAGAUGGUAGACAGAUGGACUGAGUGCAGGUGGCGUGGUUACAAGCUUUUUGUAAAAGCUCGGCACGUGCAGCCUGCGCCGGCCGGUGCGAGCCUGGAUACCGCCACACGGCAGAUGAUUGCGCUUUGA